AUGACACGCAAGUCAUGCACGGCUGGAGGGGCGCGAGGUGCUUGCAUGUGGGUGCAGGAGUGCAAUCGAGUUGGAGGGAGACAUGCCGGUGUAUGUGUGGACGGAUUUAUGUUCGGGUCCUGCUGCAGGCUACCCGACAAACCUAUUAUUAUAGAAGAAACCCAAAGCCCAGUAACAAUAACGGAACGGCCGUAUACAGCGCCACCUACCGAUACAACGCAGACGACGCCAAGACCUACAACACAAACACAGCGCCCUUCGUUCAUGACCAAACCUAUAGAUGGCGCGCCACACAGCUAUAGGCCUCCAGAAAUUAACUUGCCAGUCGGCAAUCUAGAAUCAAUUAGCGAACAAAAUAGUGAUAUAGUUAAUAAAAUAACAUAUAACAGUGUAAAUAAGUACCAAAAUGUAAAUAGGCCGAACAAUGAUGUGGAAGCUAGUCCCCACAAUAAAAUAUCUUCUAGUCUUAGUUUAAUACCUGGAGCUCGACCGAUGGCGGUGUCUGAUCAAAAUCUAGACAACAGUAUUCCUGCAGUCCACAUGUCCAGACCGAACAAUGUCAACACAAUGCACUGGCAAGCGACCACUGAACCCAGCUUCAUAACGAAACCACGACCUAACUGGGAGAAACCGGGAAAACCGAAGCCGACCAAGAAGUUCACAACCACAACGAGUAAACCUCACAAGAAUUACCAGAAACCGAAAGAUCCAAUGCUGAAUAUGAUCAACAAAACUGAAGAUACCACAGCACCUUCUAUACAGACUACUGCUGCUACUACAAGUGUUGAAUGCGGCGUAACAGCGAUGUGGCCUCGCCCAGACUCUCGUAUAAUGGGUGGCAAAGAUUCUUCCUUUGGGCGCUGGCCGUGGCAAGUCUCAGUUAGACGGAACUCGUUUUUCGGUUUUUCUUCAACACAUCGAUGUGGUGGCGCCAUCAUCAACGAAGGAUGGAUAGCAACGGCCGGACACUGCGUUGACGACCUCCUCACCUCAGCUAUUCGAAUCCGCGUGGGAGAGUUCGACUUCUCAUCCGUUUCCGAACAAUAUCCUUACGUAGAAAGGGGAGUGGCACGAAAAGCGGUUCACCCCAAAUACAAUUUCUUCACUUAUGAGUACGACUUAGCUCUGGUGAAGCUAGAUGCAUCUGUGCAGUUCGCACCUCACAUUUCACCCAUAUGCUUACCGGCGUCUGAUGAUUUGCUGGUGGGAGAAACUGCUACCGUCACUGGAUGGGGGAGAUUAUCUGAAGGUGGGGUGCUGCCAUCUAUAUUACAAGAGGUCCAAGUACCAAUAGUAUCGAACGAGCGUUGUAAGUCAAUGUUCCUGCGCGCAGGCAGGCAUGAGUUCAUUCCUGAUAUAUUCCUCUGUGCCGGCCACGAGACAGGGGGACAUGACUCAUGCCAAGGGGAUUCUGGAGGACCCCUACAGGUGAAAGGAAAGGACCAUAGAUACUUCUUAGCCGGUAUCAUCAGUUGGGGAAUUGGAUGUGGGGAAGCGAAUCUACCUGGUGUUUGCACAAGGAUAUCCAAGUUCGUACCGUGGAUACUGCAAACGGUUAACUCGUAG